UUGUAUAACAUGUAUGUAUGUGUAUAUGUAUGUAUGUAUAUAUAGGCCAUGAAUUUCAGAGAAAAAGUUUGAUCUGCUUGGAUGGUCCGAUCACAUGGCUUCCUCUCAUCAGACUUCCGUUCCUCUGCCUGCAGACCCAGGCGGGAAACCCCUGGAUCAUGAAGCUCACAUGUCCCUGGUUCCUAUCCAUAUUGUCACUCAUGCAAGUCAACUCCCAAUCGAAUUCUUGGAGCCCUCUCCGGAGAGGCAACUGGUGAUUGGUUUUGAUUGUGAGGGGGUUGACCUUUGUCGCUAUGGAAAUCUUUGUAUCAUGCAGCUUGCCUUUCCAGAUGCUAUAUAUUUGGUUGAUGCUAUUCAGGGUGGUGAGUUGCUCAUGAAAGCCUGUAAGCCUGCACUUGAGUCUAGUUACAUCACUAAAGUUAUUCACGAUUGCAAAAGAGAUAGUGAGGCAUUGUAUUUUCAAUUCGGCAUCAAGUUGCACAAUGUUGUGGAUACUCAGAUUGCUUAUUCUCUGAUGGAGGAACAAGAAGGACGGAAAAGAUUGCCAGAUGACUAUAUAUCAUUUGUUGGCCUCCUUGCAGAUCCACGCUAUUGUGGUAUAUCUUAUCUGGAGAAGGAAGAAGUCCGUGUUCUUUUGAGGCAGGACCCUAACUUUUGGACAUACAGACCAUUAUCUGAACUGAUGGUCCGUGCAGCUGCAGAUGAUGUCCGCUUUCUUCUCUAUAUAUAUCACAAGAUGAUGGAGAAAUUGAAUCAGCAAUCAUUAUGGUAUCUUGCAGUUCGUGGUGCGCUGUAUUGUCGAUGUUUCUGCAUUAAUGAUAACGAUCAUGCUGAUUGGCCAUCUCUCCCUCCAGUUCCAGAUACCCUUACUAUAGAGGGGAAUGCUCUGGAGGAAGAGAUCCUGUCCGUUCUUGAUGUUCCCCCAGGGAAAAUGGGACGUGUUAUUGGAAGAAGAGGAGCUUCCAUCUUGUCAAUCAAAGAGUCUUGCAAUGCUGAAAUACUCAUUGGAGGUGCCAAGGGUCCACCUGACAAGGUAUUCAUCAUUGGACCAGUGAAGCAGGUGAGGAAAGCAGAGGCCAUGUUAAGAGGGAGAAUGCUAGAAAUGUAUUAAGAACUAUAUUCUGUAUCGCCUUUGUUCAUCCUGUACUCUACAAUAAAAAAAUUUAUAUUCUAAAAAAAAUGAGUUUGCUGUUUAAUAUCCUUGGUUCCUCACAUGUCCAUAUACACAUAAAUAUCGGUUAGCUGAGGAGAUACUGUUUUAAUUUUUUUAAUGUCAUUUUUAUUUUGCUA